UGAAUUGUUCCUAUAUUUAAUUAAAAUAUAUCAGAUUGAUGUAAAAGUGAAUGCUAAGGUAUCUGUGAAAUACCCAGAAUAGGCCAGUCCAUAGACACAGAAAGUAGACUGGUGGUUGUCAGGGCUGCAGGAAGAGACGAAUGGGGAGUGCCUGCUAACAGGAUACAGGCUUUCUUCUGGAAGUGAUGGAAGUGUUCUAGAAUUAGAUAGUGAUGACAGUUGCACAACCUUGUGAAUAUACUACAAGCCAAUAAACUGUAUACUUUAAAAUAGAGAAUUUUAUUGAAUUUUAUCUCAUUUUCUAAAAUUUCAAAAAACGUAAAAAAAAAGAAAAAAGAUGCUGCAUUGUUGAAAUUGAGUGUUUAUCAAUUCUAGAUCAACGAAGCCUGUAGCUGAAAAUAAAUGUUUUUGUUUUCAAUAUUAACCCUUAAUUGUCUUCCUAAUUGUUGUUUCUGCCUUUUAUUUUUGAGACAGGGUCUUGCUGUGUCACCUAGGCUGGAGCGCAGUGGUGUGACCUUGGCUCACUGCAGCCUCUGUCUCUCUGGUUCAAGCAUCUGCUAGCCUCAGCCUCCUGAGUAGCUGGGAAUACAAGCGUGUACCACCAUGCCUGGCUAAUUUUUUAAAUUUGUUUUAGAGACAAGAUCAGCCUGGCCGGUCACGGUGGUUCAUGCCUAUGAUCCCAGCUCUUUGGGAGGCUGAGAUGACGGAUCGCUUGAGCACAGGAGUUGGGAGGCCAAGGUGAUGGAUUGCUUGAGCGUAGGAGUUCAAGACCAGGCUGGGCAACAUGACGAAACCCUGUCUCUACAAAAAAUACAAAAAUUAGCUGGGUGUGAUGCUGAGCACCUUUGGUCCCAGCUACUCGGGGCCCUGAAGCAGGAAAAUCACCUGAGUCAGGGGAGGUCCAGGCUAUAGUGAGCCGUGAUCUUGCCACUGCACUCUAGCCUGGGCAACAGUGAGACCCUGUCUCAAAAAAAAAAAAAAAAAAAAGUCUCCCUGUUACCCAGACUGUUCUUGAACUCCUCAGCUCAAGCAUUCUUCCCACCAUGGCCUCCCAAAGUGCUGGGAUUACAAGCGUGAGCCACCGUGCCUGGCCUCUUGAUUCCUUUUUUUUUGUUUUGUUUUGGAGACAGAGUGUCGCUCUGUUGCCCAAGCUGGAGUGCAGUGGCACUCUCUUGGCUCACUGCAACCUCCACCUCCCAGGUUCAAGCGAUUCUUGUGCCUCACCCUCCUGAGUAGCUGGGAUUACAGGCAUAUGCCACCAUGCCGGACCAAUUUUUUUAUUUUUAGUGGAGAUGGGGUUUCACCACACUGGCCAGGCUAGUCUCGAACUCCCGGCCUCAAGUGAUCUGCCCGCCUUGGCCUCCCAAAGUGCUGGGAUUACAAGCAUGAGCCACCGUGCAUGGCCUUGAUUCUGUUUUGAUAGCAAUUUGUAAUGGCUCUGAUCUUUCACUCCCAUGGGAACCUUUCCUAUAUUAUGUGCUCACUGGAAUCAGAAUCAUUUUAUAAAGUAGCAAUACAGCUGUUUAUUUUAAGAUUAAGAUUUCUUUUCCUUUCUUUCUUUCUUUCUUUCUUUCUUUCUUUUUUUUUUUUUUUUUUUUUUUUUUGGAGACAUGAGUUUCACUCUGUCACCCAGGCUGGAGUAUAGUGGCGUGAUCUCGGCUUACUAUAACCUCCACCUCCCAGGUUCAGGCAAUUCUCAUGCCUCAGAAUCCCAAGUGGCUAGGACUAUAGGCAUGUGCCAUCACUCCCGGCUACUUUUUGUAUUUUUAGUAGAGACGGGGUUUCGCCAUAUUGGCCAGGCUGGUCUCGAACUUCUGAUCUCAGGUGAUCUGCCCACUUUGGCCUCCCAAAGUGUUAGGAUUACAGGCAUGAGCCACUGCGCCCGGCCGGAUUUCUUUUAUUUUAAAUUAGACCUGGGCCAGACGCGAUAUCUCAUGCUUGUAAUCCUAUCACUUUAGAAGGCCAAGGCGGGUGGAUACUUGAGGUCAGGAGUUUGAGACCAGCCUGGCCAACAUGAGGAAACUCAUCUCUACUAAAUAUACAAAAAUUAGCCUGGUGUGGUGGCAGAUGCCUGUAGUCUCAGCUACUCGGUAGGCUGAGGCAGAAUUGCUUAAACCCCAGAGGCCAAGCUUGCAGUGAGCUGAGAUCGUGCCACUGCACUCUAGCCUGGGCAACAGAACAAGACUCCCAUCUAAAAAAUAAAAUAAAAAUUAAAAAAUUAAGUAGACCUGAAAGUCUUUUUACUUUGAGAUCUGCUUGAUGGAAGUUAGUUCUGAGUAGGUUGUUUUAGCAUUUGAUUAGGUGAAAUCAAAAUUUGAUAAGUGGGCGAUGGGGGAAGAUGGUGGAUGGGAGAGAAGGUGGCUGAAAAGUCUCAGCGAGCUGGAGCCGCCAGAGGACCUGAAGAGGCAGAAAAACUUGUGAAAACUAAAACUGUUUCUUCCAGUAAUGGAAGGGAAAGUUCCAGUCGCAGCAUUGAGAAACGGUCAGCUGAAGAAGAAGCUGCAGACCUCCCAACAAAGCCUACAGUGAUCUCCAAGUUUGGAUUUGCCUUAGGAGCAGCAGCUUUUAAUGAAGAUGAAAAUAGUGAACCAGAGGAAAUGUCUCCAGAAGCAAAGAUGAAGAUGAAGAAUAUUGGAAGGGAUACACCAACAUCAGCUGGACCAAACUCCUUCAAUAAAAGAAAGCAUGGGUUUUCUGAUAACCAGAAGCUAUGGGAGCGAAAUAUAAAAUCUUAUCUUGGAAAUGUCCAUGACCAAGACAAUUAAACAAUGUUUUGAAAUUGGGGUGUGGGGUGGGUGUAAAGUUAAAAGGAACAGUUUCCUUUUUUAAAGAAUGAUAUAAGACUAUUUUUGGAGCCACUUUUUUUUCUCUUUCAUUUUUUUUUAAAUAUUGAGUUGUACACUAACAAAUUAGGGUUCAAAAUUAGAGGUAAUUUAUGUUUUAUAUACAGAUUUCAAGACAUUUGCUAAUUUUGUAGUUUCAUGUUAUUAGUUUCCAAAGGUUACAGAUAGUAAAUCAGAAAUGGUACCUUUUAAAGAAUUGCAUAUUUUUUUAGAGACAACUAUUAACACAUUAAGAGGGGAGCAAAGCCGGGCAUGGUGGCUCAUACCUGUAAUCCCAGCACUUUGGGAGGCGAAGGCAGGCGGAUCACCUGAGGUCGUCGGGAGUUCAAGACCAACCUGACCAACAUGGAGAAACCCCGUCUCUACUAAAAACACAAAAUUAGCCAGGCGUGGUGGCGCAUGCCUGUAAUCCUAGCUACUCAGGAGGCUGAGGUAGGAGAAUCACUUGAACCCAGGAGGCAGAGGUUGCGGUGAGCCAAGAUCACGCCGUUGCACUCCAGCCUGAGCAACAAGAGCGAAACUCCGUCUCAAAAAAAAAAAAAAAAAAAAAGAGGGAAGCAAAUAGUUAUUUUCUGUUUAAAACUGUAAGCAGUUACUCUCUUCACUCCCUUAUUACCUAAACUUGUCUGGCUCCCAGGAACAGCCUUAUAGAGACAGGGAAUAUUGGGAGGAAAACAUUACUGAACUAUCGACUGAAAGUAAAUUUAGAUAAAAUUAAAAUACAGCUUUUUUCCUUAUAGGCAUUUGUUUGUUUCAAGUCAUCAUAAAGUAGGUAUUGCAUUGCUAUCAGUGGAUACAGAUGCUUAGCUCUUAAAAGAAUUUUUUUCGGCCGGACGCAGUGGCUCAUGCCUGUAUUCCCAGCAGUUUGGGAGACUGAGGGUGGAUCACGAGGUCAGGAGAUCGAGACCAUCCUGGCUAACAUGGUGAAAACCCAUCUCUACUAAAAAUACAAAAAAUUAGCUGGGCGUUGUGGUGGGCACCUGUAGUCCCAGCUACUCAGGAGGCUGAGGCAGGAGAAUGGCGUGAAUCCGGGAGGCGGAGCUUGCAGUGAGCCGAGAUUGCGCCACUGCACUCCAGCCUGGGCAACAGAGCGAGACUCCGUCUCAAAAAAAAAAAAUUAAAAAAAAAUAAAGAUUUUUUUUUUUAAUAUAAACUUGAAUAUUUGAAAUAGCCCACUUCACCUUAAUGGGUCUUGUGUAUCUUCAUUAGUCUUCAAAGAAAAACCAUUUGCUACCAAAGUAAAUCAGUAUUUCGAAUGUGCUUCUCUUGUUUUUUGUUUAUUAGCUAGUUGCUGUAAGCAUUUCCACCAGAACUUGAGGCAAAUCAUAAGGAAGCUGUUUAUUUUAAAAUACAAACCACCACCAAAAAAUUAAAUGUACAUAUUAAGCAUUUGACUAUUUUUAUUUUUUAAAAAGUAUAAACACCAAAAAAAAAAUUUAACAUUGUAUGAAGAUGGAAAACAAGAAGAUGUACUUUCUGUAACUUUGUCUAAGGAUUUAAAUUACUAACUUGUGAAUCCAGUUUAAAUUGAACUUAAAUACUGGCUUCCCCCACCCCGCCCCGACCCAGACGGAGUCUUGCUCUGUCGCCCGGGCUGGAGUGUAUUGGAGCAGUCUCGGCUCACUGCAGCCUAUGCCUCCCAGGUUCAAGCGAUUCUCUUGCCUCAGCCUCUUGAGUAGCUGAGAUUACAGGCACACACCACCACGCCCAGCUAAUUUUUGUAUUCUUAGUAGAGACGGGGUUUCACCACGUUGGCCAGGCUGGUCUCAAACUCUUCACCUCGUGAUCCGCCCGCCUUGGCCUCCCAAAGUGCUGGGUGUGAAGCACCGUGCCAGCCCCAGCUUUCUUACUAGUAAAAUUACAUGGUUGAUUUUAAAUGUAUACAUGUUGACCAGUGGCCUCUCAAAAAGCACAUUUUAGAUACUAGAGUAGAAGGAAAGAAAAUGCAUCUUCAAACAUUUUUUUGGAAUCCCACCACAUAUACUUUGUGAGAUUUGUGUGUUGUAGGGUGUUUGUUUUUUUAUUUUUAUAUUGUAUAUGAGCUUUUUUUUUUUUUUUUUGAGAUGGAGUUUCACUGUCACCCAGGCUGGAGUGCAGUGGUGCAAUCUCAGCGCACUGCAUCCUCCACCUCCCGGGUUCAAGCAAUUCUCUGCCUCAUCCUCCCAAGUAACUGGGAUUACAGGCACCCACGACCACACCCGGCUAAUUUUUUGUAUUUUUAGUGGAGACAGGGUUUCACCCUCUUGGCCAGGCUGAUCUUGAACUCCUGACCUUGUGAUCCACCCGCCUCGGCCUCCCAAAGUUCUGGACUUACAGGCGUGAGCCACCCCACCCAGCAUCUUUUUUAAUGUGACAGUUAAACACAUCUUUAAAAGCAUAGUCACAGACAAAAGAAGCAUACAGUAUAAAAAUUUCCUUGAAAACUCCUACAAUAUUAUAUUUGGAGGCAGCUUCAGACUGCUUUAUUGGUGGUAACUGCUUGCUGAGCUCUUUUAGUUGGUAAUAACUACAGAGAAGCAUCCUGUGUAUAUUCCUAACACUUGUUCACUAGCAUUUAAGUUUAGAAUGAGCCCCAAGUGAAACAAUGGAAAUGUAUAUAGAACUCUUAGUUCUUUUUAAUUAUAUCAAAAUACAUGAAUUUAACUUACUUUAAUGUAGGCAAACUAUCAAUUUUUGUCCAUUUUCCUGUUUGUUAACAUACCUCUCCUAGAUACUCUUUUCUUGACCCAAAUGAAAUAUUAAGCUAAGGUCAAGCUGGGAGAGAGAAACAACUGAGAUGAAUGUCUUUACUAAAAUACGGAUAAAUUUGUCAAACUCAAAAAAAAAUUGACGUGAUAAAAUUGGGCAUCCUUUGUGCUGGAUGCUGCACGAGGCCUCAGUUUUAGAGAUUCCUUUCUUAAAUGAACGUGGCUUCUUGAGAGAUUUCCUGUAAGUAUCUACUCUUCAGGGACUAUAGGUUAAUAUCCUUUUUCUCUGUCCGUAAGUGUGUGCUCCCUGACCUUUGCCUAAGUAAUUCCUUCUCCUCUUCUGGCUGGAAGCGUCAAGUCAAGCACUGUCUUAGGAAUGCCUUUCCUGACCAUCUAGACUGUCAUGCCCCCUAAUUCACACCCUGUUGUGGCGUCCUGUACUAUUUGCUUUUUUUUUUUUUGAGACGGAGUCUCGCUCUGUUGCCCAGGCUGGAGUGCAGUGGCGCGAUCUCAGCUCACUGCAAGCCCCGCUUCCCGGGUUCAUGCCAUUCUCCUGCCUCAGCCUCCUGAGUAGCUGGGACUACAGACGCCUGCCACCGCGCCCAGCUAAUUUUUUGUAUUUUUAGUAGAGACGGGGUUUCACCGUGGUCUCGAUCUCCUGACCUCGUGAUCCACCCGCCUCGGCCUCCCAAAAUGCUGAGAUUACCGGCAUAAGCCACCGUGCCCAGCUUACUGUUUGCUUUUUAAUUUGAUUUUUGUCUCUCCCUCCACUAGAUUCUAAGCUCUGUGGGGGCAGGAGCUGACUGUUUUUUGGACUUAACGAAUCUGUUUUUACUCACUACUGUUGCGCACCUAGAACAGUGUCUGUCUGCUGCACAUAGCAGGGGCUCAAUCUUUACCUGUAAAAUGAGGAAUCAGUGUUGUUGGUGCUGUUAUCACUGAAUAGAAAGUAUUAGGUUAUAACUUACUCUAUGGAAAAAUCCUUCAGGUCCAGCUAUUCGUUUGUUCCUUUGUAUUCUAUUGUAGUCAUAGACAUUUAGAGCUUGAGCUAGGAGUCUGGUCACAUUUGAGAUUUAUAUGUUAAGGUUUUGGCAGCAGUCUCCCUUCCUGGAAUGUCAGUUCUGUGAGGGCAGAGAGCUUUGUUUUGUUCACCGCUGUAUUCCCAGUACCUGGCAUGGUGCAGGAACACAGGAGGUACUCCAUCCGUGUUUCUUGAAUUGAAUGAAUGAAUAAAUGAAUGAAAAUAUUACCAAUUUAAAUUACUUGCUUAGAGUAAUGAUAUUGAGAAUAUCCUGCCAGGAGUCAAAAAAGGAACUAGAAAACUAUUAUUAAAAGAAGAAAGGCCUGGCACAGUGGCUCAUGCCUGUAGUCCCAGCUGCUGGGGAGCCUGAGGUGGGCAGAUCACUUGAGCCUGGGAGGUCAAGGCUGUAAUGAGCCGUGAUUGCGCCACUGGGCUCCAGCGUGGGUGACAGAGUGAGACCCUGUCUCAGAAAAAAGAAGGAAAAAUAAAGUAUUGCUGGUAGAUGAAGAGUGAGGCUUAUAUGAGGUGUU